AUGCUCGAAAUUGGAAAUGGUGACAUGAAUGAUGCUGAAUAUGUUACACACUUUUCUCUUUGGGCUAUUAGCAAAGCACCUUUACUUAUUGAAUGCGAUGUGUACAAGGAAAAAAAAGUUGCUUUUGCAUCAUCGAAAUUGCUCAAUGUAUCAACUGAGAUCGUUGUUGCAAAUUGUUCAACAUCAUCAAAAAUAGAAGCAAAACGUGUGCAAUGGACACAUAAUUCUCAAGAUGGAACAAUUCGAUCAGCACUCGAUGGACGAUGCUUAUCCAUUAAUAAUUGUAGUACAGAUGAAGGAGCUAUUAUUAAUCAACAAUGGACAGUUAGUUCAGCUGAUCAAACUAUUGUUUCUCAAAUGAAUGGAAAGUGUUUGAAUUUCAAUCAACAGCAUGGGCCACAUGUUAAUACACUUACAUGUAAUAAACAAGAUUAUCAACAAUGGUUAUGGAAUGCUAUCGAUGGAACAAUUCGAAUUAAACAUGAUGGUCAAUGUUUAACUGUUUUACAGGAACUUGAAGUUUGGACUAGUCCACUUUCGGAUCAUUCACAAGCUGUUGUUUUACUUAAUCGAGUUAAUAGUGGGAAUGAAUCAAUCACUGUCAAAUGGACAGAUAUUGGAUUUCCAAAUGGUCAAGCAGCAAUUGUUCGUAAUUUAUGGACUCGAAAAGAUCUUGGAAUAUUUAUAGGUAAUUAUACAUCACCAAAUAUUAAUUAUCAUUCAGUGAUCAUGUUAAAAAUUACUCCAACACAAAAUAAAUAG